UCAGAACGCGGCUUGUUGGGGGGUGCCGGCGGAGGGGGCGGGGCCUCGCGAGCGCGAGCGGCGGAGAGGCCGGAGAUGUCUCUCCCCGAGGAGACCCUUCUGCUGGUGGAGCACCGCUACGUCUGCUCCGAGUGCUCCCACCUGUCCCCGUCGCUGGAGGAGGCUCUGCUGCACCACCAGCAGCACCUGCAGCCCCCGGCAGCGCCGUCGGCGGCACCGGCACCGCCGGGUGCAGCCCCCCGCCCGCCGCCCUGGAGCUGCUGGGCGUCCCCCCCGGAGCUGGAGCCCCCCAGCCAGUUCCAGUGCCUGGAGUGCGGCGCGCUGCUGGUGACGCCGGGGCAGCUGCUGGAGCACCAGGAGCUGCACCUCAAGCUGCUGGAGCCGCCCCGCGCCGCGCCCCGGCGGCACCGGCGGCACCGGCAGCACCGGCAGCACCGGUGGCAUCCACUUCGAGUGCCCCGAGUGCCGCGCGCUCUUCCAGAGCCAGGAGCUGUGGCUGGCGCACCCGGCAGGGCCACCGCGCCGCGCCGCGCCCCGCCGCGCGUCGACCUGGACCACUCCUACCGCAAACCCGCCGACGGCGGCGCCGGUGCCGAGAGCGCCCCGAACCGGCCGGCGGAGGCCGUGCAGCUGCUGCUCUACGAGUGCGGCGAGUGCCUGCAGCUCUUCCAGAGCCCCAAGGACUUCCUGGAGCACCAAUCCACCCACCUGGCGCCCUGCCCCGCCCAGCCGGCGCCCGCCGCGCCGCCGCCGGCGCCGCCGGAGCUGCGCUGCCAGCAGUGCCGGGAGCUGCUGCCGUCGGCGCGCUCGCUGCGCGCCCACCUGCGCUGCCACAGCCUGGGCGCCUUCCAGUGCCCGCUGUGCUCGCGGGUGCUGCCGGACCCCGCCGAGCUGCGCCGGCACCGCGCCGGCCACGCCGCCGACUCGCUCUUCCUGUGCCUGGACUGCGGCUCGGCGCUGGACACCGAGGCGGCGCUGCUGGCGCACCGGCGCUCGCACGGCGCCGAGCCGCUGCACCGCUGCGACUGCGGCAAAGCCUUCGCCAGCAUGACCAAGUUCCUCUACCACCGGCGCUCCCACGCCGCGCCCGGCGCGCUGCCGCUGCCGGAGCCGCCGCCGCCGCCGGAGCCGCCGGCGGAGCCGCCGCUGGAGUGCGGGAUGUGCCCCAAAGCCUUCCCCAGCGCGGCGGCGCUGGCGCGGCACCGGCGCUUCGUGCACCGGCUGGAGCGGCGGCACCGCUGCGGCGCCUGCGGCAAGAUGUUCAAGAAGUCGUCGCACCUGCGCAACCACGCCCGGACGCACACGGGCGAGCGGCCCUUCCCCUGCCGCGAGUGCGGCAAGAGCUUCAACUCGCAGGCCAACCUGCUGCGGCACCACCUGACGCACACGGGCGAGCGGCCCCACGAGUGCCCCGAGUGCCACAAGCGCUUCGCCCAGAACUCCACGCUGCGCCAGCACCUGCAGGUGCACCUGCGGCGCUUCCCCCACCGCUGCGGCGAGUGCGGGCUGCGCUUCCACCGCCCGCACCGGCUGCUGCUGCACCGCGCCCACCACACCGGCGAGUACCCCUACAAGUGCCCGCAGUGCGGGCGCAGCUUCCUGCUGCGGCGCCUGCUGGACGUGCACCUGCUGGGCCACGCCGGCCGCGAGCCCCAGCGCUGCCAGGGCUGCGGCGCCGCCUUCGCCGGCGCGGCCGCGCUGCGCGAGCACCGCUGCGGCAAGGCCGGCUGGAGGUUCGAGUGCGGCGUCUGCGGGAAGAAGGCGGGCACGGCGGCCAGGCUGCGGCAGCAUGAGAGGACGCACGGGGCGGCGGCCGGCGGCGAGGAGGAGGAGGAGGAGGAAGGAGGAAGAGGAGGAGGGAAGGCAGCGGCGGAAGCCCCGCGGGCGGCGCGGCGCGGCGCCAAGAACCUGGAGUGCGGCGAGUGCAAGAAGCUGUUCAGCACCGAGACGUCGCUGCAGGUGCACCGGCGCAUCCACACCGGCGAGCGGCCCUACCCCUGCCCCGACUGCGGCAAGGCCUUCCGGCAGUCCACCCACCUCAAGGACCACCGGCGGCUGCACACGGGCGAGCGGCCCUUCCGCUGCAAGUGCGGCAAGAGCUUCGCCAUCGCCGUGCGCCUGGCCGAGCACCGGCGCAUCCACACCGGGGAGCGCCCCUACGGCUGCCAGGAGUGCGGCAAGGCCUACCGCUCCUUCUCCAACCUCUGGAAGCACCGCAAGAUGCACCGGGGGAAGGGAGGGGAGGGCGGGGAGGGCGAGGGGAAGGGAGCCAGGGGUUCUGGUGGUGGAUCGGGGUCUGAGAUCUCUCAGGAGACCCUCGGGGUGGGUUCAGGAGCUCCCAGCGAGGUUCUGGUGGUGGGAUCAGGGGUUGGGAUCCCCCCAGAGACCCUCAGGGUGGGCUCAGGAGCUUCCAGUGAGGUUCUGGUGGUGGGGCAGGGGGCUGCAGUCCACGGGGAGACCCUCGGGGUGGGCUCGGGUCCCCUGGGGGGGGUCCUGGUGGUGGGAUCGGGGUCUGAGAUCCCUCAGGAGACCCUCGGGGUGGGCUCGGGGUCCCCUGGGGGGGUCCUGGUGGUGGGCUCGGGGCCCGAGACCCCCGGGCAGAGCCUGGCCGAGGUCCUGGAGCCCCCCAAGGAGCCCCUCGGGGUGGGCUCGGGGUCUCCGGCCCACGGGGAGAGCCCGGCGGGAAUUCCAGAACCUUCCAAGGAGACGCCGGCGGGGGACUCGAGACCCCCGGGCCCCGAGGAGACCCCGGAGGGGAUUUUGGACCCCCAGACCCCCGGAGAGACCCUGGGGAUGGUCCCAGACCCCCCCAGGGACCCCCAGCCCCCCGGAGAGACCCUGGGGAUCGUCCCAGACCCCCCCAGGGACCCCCAGACCCCGGAGAGACCCUGGGGAUCAUCCCAGACCCCCCCAGGGACCCCCAGACCCCCAGAGAGACCCUCGGGAUCAUCCCAGACCCCCCCAGGGACCCCCAGACCCCCGGGACCCCCCCUCCCCAGGGAGCCAGAGCCCCCCGAAUUGGGCCCGGAGCCCCCCAGGGACCCCCCGGCCCCUCCAGGGGGGGCUCAGCCCGCGGGACCCCCCCUGAGCUCCCCCAAAUUUGGGGCUGGGACCCCCCCCCCGUGA